GGCACCUUCCAGACAGCAUAGAUUGUACGCGUCGGAGCUCUUGCCUAGCUACUUCCUAGCCUUAGUUUACAGCCCUGCCCUUUCCAGCAAUCAAUUCGCAGCAUCCGGUCUUCUCAACUUCGAGAACCAACAUACAAACAAUCCCACCAAAAACCCACCUCUACCAAUUUACUGACAUCAAUCAACAUAAGCACCCAAGGCUAGAGAAAUCAUCCCGCUUGACGAUUUCUCACAGCCGGAUUUCCCAACAUGUCUCGCCGUUACGAUUCCCGAACCACCAUCUUCUCCCCCGAGGGUCGCUUGUACCAGGUCGAAUAUGCCCUCGAAGCUAUAUCUCAUGCCGGAACUGCGAUCGGAAUUCUUGCCAAGGAUGGCAUCGUCCUCGCCGCCGAGCGUAAGGUUACGUCAAAGCUUCUAGAGCAAGAUACAUCAGCAGAGAAGCUUUACAUCUUAAACGACAACAUGAUCUGUGCGGUAGCUGGCAUGACGGCCGAUGCGAACAUCCUGAUCAACUACGCCCGACAAGCCGCCCAAAGAUACCUCCUAACGUACAACGAGGAUAUCCCAUGCGAACAGCUAGUACGAAUACUAUGCGAUCUCAAGCAAGGAUAUACUCAGCACGGUGGAUUGCGGCCGUUUGGUGUGUCCUUCAUCUACGCAGGAUGGGAUCCCCAGCGACAGUUCCAACUUUACCUAAGCAACCCCUCAGGUAACUACGGCGGCUGGAAAGCCACAAGUGCCGGCGCCAACAAUGCGAGCGCCUCAAGCUUGUUGAAGCAGGACUACAAGGAAGAUUGCACGCUGAAAGAGGCCUGUGGUAUGGCAGUUAAGGUGCUGAGCAAGACCAUGGACUCUACCAAGCUAAGCAGUGAGAAGAUUGAAUUUGCGACAGUAGGACAGACCAAGGAUGGUAAGAUCUACCACCGACUUUGGAGUGCGGAUGAGAUCACGGCACUCUUGAAGGAGCACGAUCUAGCAAAGGACGAAAGUGCGGAAGAUAAAUAAGCAAUGUCUCGACGACUAGAUGCCUACAAUCCAGACCCCGUAGACUCAAGUUUAUGAGGAGUCGAUAGUGUAUCAAUACAAUUUCUAAUGAGAGCACUAUCCGGAUAUGAAACCAACAUAUUGACCACGGUCAACAAGACAAAGUUUUGGCUCUAUGAAGUCACAGCCGCUCUAUUUGCCAUUUUAAAUGAACUUCAUGAGUUAGGAAUGUCAAGUCUAAGUUCUGAAGAAGUCUAUGAAUAACGUCGACGCCUA